AUGGGAAGUUUCUUUGAGAGCCCAGUGCAUGGGUUCCAUAUCCAGAUGUCAUUGGGGGUCGGCCAGCUGCAGUACAUCCAGUUGCCAGUGGAGCAGAUCAGGCCGUUGAUCGAGCCAAUAAUCAAUGUGUCCGGGGAAGAGCAAACGAGGCCUGAUUGGGGGGGUUUUAGUGGGUUCUUGUCUCUGUCGUGGAAAAGGACUUGGGGAUCGGAUUCGGACCGGGCACGGUCAAGCUGUGCAGAGAUGAAUUUUGGUGAAGUCGUUAUGGAGAGCCAACUACUGCAUACGCAUCUACAGACGGCGAUGUGCUUUGCGUGUAGCCGGAGAAGGACCAGGGACCCAUUGGAGGGGGAGAAAACCUUGCAGCAGCUCCCUUGA